AUGGACCUCUCUGACGAGACGCCGCAUGUUGAAUGUGACGGGGUCAGUGAGCAGGAGGAAAAAGUAGCGGAGGCCUCGUCCGGUUCCUCCACGUCCGACCUGUCGCACAGUGAGGCGACGACGCCGUUGGUGCCGCCCUGCUGCCUGUCGAAAGAACUGCUCGAGCAGAUGGCGACCCUCGACCUUCGAACACGCUACCCUGAAGUGACCGUCCCCAAGCCUUUUGGAUGCUUCUACUUGAUGCGUCUUGUCGAAAGGUCUAUUCAAGUGGGGACUUCGUUCUCGCCAAAGUUGUUUGUGCCCAAAGAAAUCUGGCAACAAGAUCGAGUCAAGCUCGCUGGAGUCCCGUUGAAAGUCGAAAUCUUCCAGCAGCUGAAACAGCGACUGGAGAAGAUGAUUCACGCUCUGCCGUUAUCGUCCGACGCGGCCAAAGCUGAUUUUAUCGAGGCGCUAGACGCGUUGCUCGACUUUGCACAACAAGAGCGCCUGCACUUGAUCCGGUCGUUCCCUUUUCUGCCACAGGAUCAGAGUCAUGAUGUUCUGCAUUUGAUGCAGCGAGAAAGCAGUAACGCGACUGAAGAGCAACGUGCGGAUGUUGGUAACCCAUCAAGUAUUGGCAAGCUGACAAAUCUAGCAUUUGGGUUCGGUCGCAUGGUCAAAAAGCAGGCCGUUGCUGCCGUAGAGCGUGCUGGAGCUGCGCCUUCUAUUCUCGUCACGGUCGACAAAUUGGAUGAGUAUGCCACCGUGCUUUGCACAUUCUUCCACUCGACGUGGAGCAUUGGAAACCUUCUUGGACUACAAGUCGAUGCUAGUGGUACACAAUUUGAUUCCAAUGCGGCAACAGGAAGCUUGCAACUGGAUUCCGCCACUUUGAAGAAACUAGAAGAUCUCGCGCUUUUCUUGGAUGAAGUUGUUGUCGAGCUUGUCAUGCGUGAUGUGCACAGCCUUCUAGAAACCUAUCUGCAGACCUUAACGCGGCAGUUUGGCGAGUUUUCGGUUGACCAGGCACUGCUGAAACGCCAGCCAUCUGUGUCAGCAUAA